AUGAAGGAAGAAGACUUCCUCGCCUCCAUUGCGGACCUGACCGGCAGAGUUGCAAUCGUUACCGGAGGCGCAAAUGGCAUCGGCCUCGAGACAGCCAUCUACCUAGCUUCCAAAGGCGCGACAGUCUACAUAGCCUCGCGCAGCAGCGAAAGCACGCAAGCCGGCGUCGCCGAAGCGCGCAAGCGACUGACACUGCUGGACAAGAACGCACUUGACGGUAAUAUCUACGAUGAAGAACAAAGAAUCAGAUUCCAUGAGCUUGAUCUCAGCUCGAUGCAAGACGCAUGGAAGUCUGCUCAGGAAUUCAAGAAGACAGAAAAAAGACUGGACAUUUUAGUCUGCAACGCAGGUGUCUCGAUGACGACGAUGCAGAAACUGUCCCCAGACGGGUUUGAUACGAUGUUUGCGGUGAAUCAUUUGGGUCAUUUUGCAUUUAUGAUGGGGCUAUUAGAUCUGAUCGCUCGCACCGCAGAAACAACUCAAGAUGGGCGCAUUGUCUUCACAAACUCAAAUGCAUACAAAAAGGCUGCCACCAAGCUAGACUACGACAAGCUAUCAACGCCCAUUCCGAAUGAUGGGCAGACACUGAAAGAUAUCGCAGAUGCAUUUACGCGUUACGCCGCAUCCAAGCUAGCAGCGGUAUAUUCGGUACUCGAGUUCUCCACUCGUCUACGCCAGAAUUGUAACGUAAAUCAUGUCUACGUAAACAGCUGUCACCCGGGGAAUGCCAUUGGCACUACAUUGGGCACUGGCCAUCAAGCAGCCGUCAACCCAACGGCGGAGCGCAUGAUCCGCUCGGCUUUGGAUGUCGCAAUUGGGAAUUCCACGCUUGAUUCUGCGAAGACGCAGGUUUACCUGGCUGGCAGCAAACUUGUGAAAGAACAAGGUACACAUGCACAGUUCUGGUCGCCUAUUUUUUCGGUCUUGAGGUCAUACAAGGGAUGCGCGCCAGAGGAAUAUACGGCCUUGGGGAAAGAUGAGAAGGAGCGGGAGACGUUGUGGAACAUCACGGUUGAGGCUCUCAGGAAAGCGGUCGGCGAGGAAGAAAUUGAUUCGGUGGAAACUUGCAAUCCCUCGUCAUUCACGAUGAUCUGCCAACGCUGUCGUACUCACCUUCUCUCCCGAAUCCAAGUUCAGCACCACACCAUUCGCACCCCUUCAUCAUGCGUGUCCUCCGCUCUUUUCAAGACCCAAUCUCGAUGCGCGAGUACAGACACGCCUAAUACUCCCGCCAUGUCCUCUCCCCCAGCUCCCCGACAGCCCGGUGCCGGAGAUGUCUCCUUCCCAUCUGCCAUAUCGUCAGCCACGCCGGGCGUCUCCCAACCUUUGAGCACACCUACAGAUGGCGUCCCGCAGCCUCCCAAGUGGGUUAACCCCGGCAAGGCCGGUGCGGCUGCUGAAGCAGCUGCUGUUGCUCACGAACCCAGCAGCCUUGUCGCGGGAAGCGUGAUGAAAGGCCUCAAUUAUAUCAAGAACAAGCCGGAGGUUGUUGCAUUGGAAGAUCAUGAAUAUCCAGAUUGGCUGUGGGGUUUACUCGAUGGAGCUUCGAAGAAGAGCAAUGAAUCCGGUGGUGUUGAUGUUAGCUCUCUCAACAAGAAACAACGAAAGCGCCACGAAAAGAAAAUGGCUGCACUGGCAGCGUCCCAGCCCCGCAAAAUUCCACUGCACGAGCAAUCUACGGAUAUCACGCCUGCCGACUACAAUGCUCAACAGGGCGGAGCCCAGGACAUUAUCGCCCAAGCUGCGGCUGGCCUGGAUAAGACAGAGAAGAUUACGAAGAGCGCCAGGGAGGCGAGAAGGAAAGGUAUACGCGAGUCCAACUUCUUGCGUGGAUUGUAA